UCUCAGGCUAAAAAAGGCAAAAACAUAUCUGAGAAUAUAUCUAGCUGCAAAACCAGUAGUGAUCUGAGUACAAAAUAAAAGGGAAGAGCUUUCCCCCCUUGCCUGGGGUUCAGACUAAUAAAAAGAGACUAGAUAACUGAAAUGGAAAAAGAAGAAGAGAAAACAGCCUCAGUGACCUUUAAAUUUUGAGCUCAAAAUGUCGUUCUUUGGUUGGAUGAAAUGGCCAACAAAAGAGUCUGAUAAAGUUGCACAAUAUACUGGAUCAGACGGUGUAACAAAAACAUUAUUAAGGGAACUUCAAUGGCACCUAGGGGAGCGAGAAAGAUUAUUGAACGAGAUUGAAAAUGAACAGAAAAUCCAAAAAACAGGAAUGGAUUACUACUGGCUCAGGAAUGAACUUGGCAUAAAAGCAAGCAUCCCUGUUACAGAACAAAAGCAGCUUGAGAUUAUGUGCUCUCAGAUUCAGCCAUGUCACACGGGCACAGUACUUAGCAGGUUUCGAGAGGUCCUGGCAGAAAACAAUGUGCUGCCUUGGGAAAUAGUUUACAUAUUCAAACAAGUUUUAAAGGAUUUUCUGAGUUCCAUGGAUAAAGAAAAAGAACAGGUGAGGAUCAUGGAUAUGUGGAACUCAGACUGUUCUGUCAACUUCAUGCCUGGAGAGACCCCAACUGUUUCCCACAAGGAGGAAAUCCCGACAGUGUCCAGUUAUGUCGACAGAAACACACAGAGCUUAUUUCCCAUUUUUUCUCACAGAAUCUGGAACCUGCCAUAUUAUUAUCCACCCAACUAAAGACUUGUUUCCCUCAAAAUAAAUCGCUGUAAUGUGUUAUUUUUCUAAAAUUCAAAAGCUCUACAAAAUCUUAUCUACCCAAUAAGAAGAAAAUCACCUAAAAGGAUUUUAUGUUUUGGAUAUAGGUAAAUAGGUACA